AUGGAGGAGCAUCGAUUGAAGACUGCCUCGAGUGUCCUGGAGGAAAAGACUGCAGUAGCAGUGGAACCGCAGAGCCCCUGCCCUGCCCAGCCUCGUACUACUGCCCUUCGGGCUCGUCAAAAGUUUUUGCUUGCCCUGUUGGGACGUUUAGUCGGACUCGUUUCAAAGGACCAGUGCACCCCGUGCCCAGCGGGGAAAUUCUGCAGUAUUGCCAGCUUGGCAACUCCGUCCGGCAAUUGCGAACCCGGUUUUAUAUGCUACGGCAUGGCAGAAACACCUACACCUACAGACGGCAAGACAGGUGAGAAUAUUAGUGCUCAUUUGUAG